AUGGCUGAAGCAGCAGCCAUCAUCGGCCUCGUGGCCUCCAUCUCCUCUCUGAUCGACCUCAGCAGCAGAGUUGUCUCUCGACUGCACGAGUUUACCACGAGAACCUCGGACAUUCCUGAAUCGUUUCGUGCACUCUCCAUCCGUCUACCUCUACUGACGGCCACACUUGAGCGUAUCUCGUUUCGGACAGAGUCUGACCGCCUCCCUCAAGAUGUGACCCAAGCGCUCAAAGCAGUCGUGGACAACACCUCCGAGCAAGUGGCAGUCAUACAGACAUGUGUCUCCAAGAUAGUCCCACCCGUUGGUGCCUCGAAGGUAGACCGCGCGCUAAAGGCGCUGAAAGGUCUGGCCAAGGAAGAGAAGAUGCAACAAGCGUUGGAAAAGAUCCACAAAAACAUUGAUACCAUACUGUUGCACCAAACGACACAGCAGAUCGACACCAGCGACCGCAUUUUACAAGAGCUGUCGAAAGUCAACUUGGCACCAACAACAUCGUCCUCAGGAUCAGAAGCCCUUGACGGGUUCAGUCAAGCCCACGGCCACAGAAACCAUGUCCAGAUCCUUGAUGCGGGCCAGAACAUCUUGGAACGGAUGGACGUCCUCCAGUCCGCCUGGGAGGCCCGAGGAAACCAUACAGACUCUACACUGACGUCGAUUAACUUGAAUGUGGGACUUCAAGAACAAACCCUACAGAAUGUCGUGUCUACUCACCGCACGGACAACGAUCGAAUAAUAGCCGCAAUUCAACAAUCAUGUGCUCAAUCCGCUCUUGCUGGCGAGCAGCAACGACAAGCUCAGACUAUCCAGUAUGACGCGUUGAAGUCUGCACUGGACGCCAUUCUCGGCAGCUUGAAUCGCGCAAAUACAAUCUCCAAGUCCAGCGAAGACGAUAUCCGCGCACUUGGUACCGGAAUCGAAAGGCUUCGAGUGGAUGUGGAAACUGGCCUGCACCUCCAAGACAAGAGUACCCAUCAGACGGCGCUCGAGACGAGAGAGAGAAGCCCCCUGAGUGACCAAAAUUUUCUGGAUGGACUGCGUAGACUCUUGGAAAUAUCGACGAAUGGUGAGGGCAGUAUUGAUCCCAGCGAGGCAAAAGCAUCGAUUCGGAACCUUGUGACCAUCUUGGAUCAAAUUGCAGCAAUCGACAGCACCGUUAUGAGCAGUCAUACUGAAAUCGCCCAAGACUAUGUAUUCCAUGAGAUCAAUCGCACUAAAAGCAUUUUCCAGGUUGCACCAGAGCUCCAAAUGGCAACCACUCAAGGUGACCCAACCCGGACAAGCCUAUCCAUUUCGUGCCGUUGA